GGGGCGGGCACAAAAGCGCCGCGCCCGGCCCGGCCGCUCGGGACUCGGGGCUCUCAGCGGCGGCUCCGGGGUUUCGCGGGAUGCGGGUGCUGUGGGCGCUGCUGUGGGCGGCCCUGGCGCGAUGCUACAACGUGGACCUGGGGCAUCCCGUGGUUUUCCAGGGACCCCGCGGCUCCUUUUUCGGGUUCUCGGUGCUGCAGCACUACCACGACAGCACGCGGUGGGUCUUGGUUGGUGCUCCCAAGGCAGAAUCUAAAUACAGCACCUCCAUUCAGUCCCCAGGAGCAGUGUUUAAAUGUCGAGUCCAUACCAAUCCUGACAGAAGAUGCACAGAACUGGAUAUGGGGCGAGGCAAUUCUCGCGGCACACUUUGUGGAAAGACCUGCAAAGAAGACAGAGAUGAUGAAUGGAUGGGCGUGAGCUUGGCAAGACAGCCAAAGGCUGGUGGAAGCGUGCUGGCAUGCGCACACCGAUGGAAAAACAUCUACUAUGAGACAGAGUACAUCCUGCCCCAUGGUUUCUGCAAUAUUAUUCCGCCCAACCUGCAACCCAACGGGAAGAAGCUGUUGCCCUGCUACGAAGAGUACAAGAAGAAGUAUGGGGAGGAGCAUGGUUCAUGCCAGGCGGGGAUUGCGGGCUUCUUCACUGAGGAGCUGGUCAUCAUGGGGGCACCAGGAUCUUAUUACUGGACAGGAACUGUCAAAGUACUGAAUCUCACUGACAACACAUAUUACAAACUGAAUGAUGAUGCUGUGAUAGCGAGGCGGUACACGUACCUUGGAUAUGCAGUGACAGCAGGUCAUUUCUCUCAGCCAACUAGCACGGAUGUUGUAGGAGGAGCUCCCCAGGACGGAGGCAUAGGAAAGGUGUAUAUUUUCAGAACAGACAGACGAUCAGGAUCUCUAAUAAAGAUUUUUCAGGCUUCAGGAAAAAAGAUGGGCUCUUACUUUGGCUCCUCCUUAUGUGCAGUUGAUCUGAACUCUGACGGGUUGUCAGACCUGCUGGUCGGAGCACCUAUGUUUUCUGAGAUCAGAGAUGAGGGUCAAGUCACAGUCUAUAUCAACCGAGGAAAUGGAGUCUUGGAAGAGCAGCUUGUUCUGGGUGGUGACAGCGCCUACAAUGCGCACUUUGGAGAGAGCAUGGCUGCCCUUGGUGACAUCGAUGAUGAUGGCUUCCCUGAUGUUGCCAUUGGGGCGCCUAAGGAGGAUAACUACGCAGGAGCAGUGUACAUUUAUCAUGGGGAUGCCAAUGGUAUUGUACCUCAGUACUCUAUGAAGCUGUCUGGGCAAACAAUAAACCCAAUGCUGCGGAUGUUUGGCCAGUCCAUAUCAGGGGGAGUCGAUAUGGAUGGCAAUGGUUAUCCAGAUAUGACUGUUGGAGCCUUCUUGUCAGAUAACGUGGUACUUUUGAGAUCCAGACCUGUCAUUACCAUGGACAUAUCCAUUUUCCUGCCUGCAUCCAUCAAUAUCACAGCUCCUCAGUGCCAUGACGGCUUGCAGCCAGUGAACUGCCUUAAUGUCACAGCAUGCUUUCGCUUCAGUGGCAAGCGUGUUCCUGGAGAAAUAGGUUUGAAUUAUAACUUGACAGCUGAUGUGGCAAAGAAGGAAAAGAGCCAGCAACCCAGAGUUUACUUUGUGACUUCUGGAGAUACAGUGGGGCAGAUCACAGAGAAGUUACAACUGUCCUACAUGCAGGAAAAGUGUGAGCAUUACCUAGCCUAUGUCAAGAAAAGAGUCAAAGAUGUCAUAUCUCCAAUUGUAUUUGAAGCUGCAUACAGCCUUGGGGAACAUAUCCUAGAAAGAGGAAAAGAGGACAAGGAACUACCUGCUCUCAAGCCCGUUCUCCGCUGGAAGAAAGGACAGAAGAUAGCGCAAAGGAAUCAGACUGUUUUUGAGAGGAACUGUCAAUCUGAUGACUGUGCUGCUGAUUUGAAACUUCAGGGUAAAUUAUUGCUGUCUAGUGUUGAUGACAGAACUGCCUACCUGGCCCUGGGAGCGGUGAGGAACGUCUCACUUAACAUUUCCAUCUCUAACGUUGGGGAUGAUGCCUAUGACACCAAUGUUUUCUUCAAUUUUUCUGGGGAACUCUUCUUCAUCAAAAUGUGGCAAAAGGAGGAGCUGGGCGUUGCCUGUGAGUUGCUGGAGUCAGACUUUCUCAAGUGCAGCGUGGGAUUUCCUUUCAUGAGAUCAAAAUCAAGGUAUGAGUUCAGUGUGAUCUUUGACACAAGCCACUUGUCUGGACAGGAAGAAACACUUACCUUCCUUGUCACUGCCCAAAGUGGAAACCUCGAACGCACUGAAUCUCUGCAUGAUAAUACUCUAACCCUGUCGGUGCCCCUGAUGCAUGAAGUGGACUCAUCUAUCAAUGGAGAAGUCUUCCCUACUUCAUUUUUCUACGGUGAUUCUGUAGAAACAUCCAACUUUGUUCAGCUGGAAAACCAUGAAUGCCUUUUCCAGUCUCUGAACUUCACACUGCAGGUUUACAAUGCUGGACCAAGCACUCUCCCUGGAGCUUUUCUUGACAUUUCAUUUCCAAACCGCCUCUCUGCCACUGGAGCUGAAAUAUUUCAUGUUCAGCAGAUGAUCGUUGGUCAGGACAAAGGAAGAUGUUCUUUUCACAGAAACCCCAGCCCAUGCAUUGUUCCUCAAGAGAACGAAAAUAUUUUCCACACAAUAUUUGCUUUUUUCACUAAGUCUGGAAGAAAAGUAUUGGACUGUGAAAGACCAGGAAGGUCCUGCUCAAUUAUACGCUGCAACUUAAGCUCACUAGCAAAAGCAGAGUCUUGUGAUAUAAGUAUCUACACGCUGCUGAAUACUGAGAUACUGAAGAAGGACAGUUCAUCAGUCAUCCAGUUUGUCACAAGAGCAAGGGUGCGGGUAGACCCUGACCUCAGAGUUGUGGAGGUGCCCAAUGGGACCCCAGAAGAAAAACCAGUGGUCUUUGAGGCUUUGCACAAUCUGGAGCCUCGUGGAUAUGUUGUCGGAUGGAUCAUUGCCAUCAGUUUGCUGGUGGGAAUUCUCAUCUUCCUGUUGCUGGCUGUACUCUUAUGGAAGAUGGGCUUCUUCCGACGGAGAUACAAAGAAAUUAUUGAGGCUGAAAAGAGCAGAAAGGAGAAUGAAGAUAGUUGGGACUGGGUCCAGAAAAAUCAGUGAACUGCUCGCGAAAACUAAAACCCAGUCAUGUGACACGUGCUUGCUAGCCUAUAGGUCCUGCUCUCGUAUCUUCCAUAUGUGGAAGAAGGAAUCUUCUCCAGAUUUUUCGGAGACCCUAUUGAUGCUGUGUCUUUAUCACUCCAACAAGCUAGGGAACAUAUCCUGAGGCAACCGCUGCAGCCAUGUUGGGUGACUGGAGAGAUUUACACUUCAUUUAAGAGCUGAACUUUGAACUUUGGUAACCAAGCUGCAGUGCAGAGUAAUAUUUAUGAAUCCAACUAUGUGGUAUACCCUCAGGGGAAGACUGUUACCUAAAAAUAUUUUUUAUAAAUAUAAGCUUUUUAUAUUGAUUAUGUCUUUAUAUUUGUAUCAAUGUUUUAUAGUUUCUAUUGAAUAGCUAUAUAGUUCACUCAAGCACUGAUAUCUGGCUAAAUCCUUGGAAAUACAUAUAUGUAUAUAUAAAUCCUAUUGUACUUUUAAACUUCAAUGCAAGAGAGAAGAGAGAUUUGCAGAUAAAAGUAGCUGAAAUCCUAUAUGUUUAAUUCACAAGGCUUGGUAAUGUUGCAUGUAGACCAUUUAAUGGCAAUAAGCCAAAGUCUUUUCACUAUCUCUUUUUUUAGUUGAAUUUGGUGUUUGGUUUAUAAACUGAAGAACCUAAAGCAUUACACAAAUGUGAUGUUCUGUAUCUGAGUCUGUCCUUUACUGGCCUGAAUAGGAGACGACAAAAACACUUCUUUGGUGACAUGUAGCAAGACUUGUGUCUUGCUUUGGCUCAGAGAAAAGCAAAUGCAUCACAUAAUGUUUUCUUUUGGGAAGCUGACUCUUGCAGUCUCUACUGCUUUAAUAAUUGUUUAGAGCUGUACAAAUGAGAUACCAGAAGGAUGUAAUUGGGCCAACCACUACAGCAUUCACAAAUUCCUUGGAAUAAAAAAAAAAAUAAUAAAAAAGAAAUGGAGCCAUGUUAAUGUUAAGAAGAAUAGUAUUUAAACUGCUGUUAAUGAUUGUGAUCUGUUGAUAUCAGAGCAAGUGAUAAAUUGCUACAAGCUAUGAUCAUUAGGCCUGCCUUGUGAGUUUCAUGCAUGAGUCAUUUGUCUGUUUAUAUAGUUUUAAAAGAGAUAGGUAGAUGCAAGGUUAAAACAUUUGGAUCUUUGGAUCUUGAGAUUCUCUUUCUGGGAGUUCCUAGUACUAAAUGUCAUACUUCCUCAAGCAUUAAGAAGGAAAUAUAGUCAAGGUGCAGAUGUUACUGGAUCUCAAAUUGCCACUUUGUUCGCUGGUAAUUCCUUAGCAAAUAAUCUGUUGAAUUAGAAGAAACAUAGUUAUAAUUAAUUCAACUGUGUUUCUUCAAAAAGCUUUUGGAUUUCUGAAUAGAAAUAGUGGAAAUCUAUAAGACUUGGUUUUAGAUUCUACUUGUAUUUUGCACCUUGUAUAAAUAAGAAGUAAAUGUCAUGUUGGUUUAAAAUCCAUGUAAAGAAAAGAAGGGCCGAGAUCUAUGGUAGAUGAUGGAAGAGAAACAAAAAUGAGUGGUUACAAGGUAUCUCAUUCUAUGAGGGUAAGGUAAAAGAACUGCUUGAAAUCUGGAAACUUGAAUACAGAGAACGUGCAAGAAACCUGCUUGAGAAUAGGCCUUAUUCUUGCACUUCUUUGUUAAAUUCAUUAUAUCUUCAAAUUUAAAAAAAUAACCACUUCAGUAUUCCUGUAGUGUUUUUUCUCUGUACUGCCAUUAAGUGCCUCCUUUUGCUACAGUAUUGAUCAAAAUUUAUUAAUUUAACUAUCUACACCCAUUAGGCAAAAGAUGUUUUUUAAGUGAACAAAGUGUAUUGAUUCAAUGUUUGACAAGAAAAGCUAUUAGUCUAUCCAGUUAUUGUUUUUAAAAAAAUCAUUGGUAAUUCGACAGAUUUUUGUAUAGCAAAUGGUUGUUUAAGCCAGAAUCUGAAAAAAACUGCUGCGAAAAAUUCUGUUGUUAACCACAUGUAGUUGACUGCAGAUUUUUCGUCAGAGUGCGAAACCAAAAGGCUGAUGGCUUUUAACUGCACUGUUGUGUUAGAGACUAUUGAAUUCCUCAUGGUAUGAUAUUUCUGACAUGUUAGUUUUGCUAGUAGUUAAACCUAAUGUAUCUAUUCUUUUUUCUGUUGUUGAAAAAUAUCUAAGACUGGCAGUUACAAGUUGAACAAUGUCACGGUAUAGCACAAGAUUCACAACUUUGAAUUGAAUAAGAAGUUGCUUAAAAUACUUCCUGAAAAAAGCCAAGUACAUUUAUUUAGCUGUAAAAAUGUUCAGUAUCUGUCUAAAACUAAGACCCCCCAAAUUAUAUAAUUGAAUUUGCUAAAAAAUAAUUUAGGGAACAAGUGAAACUAUUUGUGAUUUUAACUGAAUUUGAAAGUUUCCAUCCAAAAAAAGAAGGGAAUUCCCUUUGAAAAGUUAAAAUGCCUCUUUUCCACCUUUUAAACAAAAUUUACUUUCAGAUCUGCCAAAAAUGCUUUAUUUCAAUACUUCAAAAAUCAAGAUUAGUUAUUCCUUUGAAACAUCUUUCUAAAGUAUAGGAAGAAAAGUGUUUUAAAAAGUAAAAUAUCCAUUUAGCAUUUCAUAUUGUGUUGGAUAUUUUUUUUCUUUUUUGGCUCAAGGCAAACCUUUUUUUCCUAUUUGUUUGAAGUAAAAGAAAAAAAAAAGUAAAUCCCAUUUGAUUGAGCCCACACUGGACUUUUUUGAUCUCUGACUUGAAUUGUCUGCUAUUGAUCCAACACAAGUUGUCACUAAGUAAAAAUCUACUUCGUUGGCCAGAUUAGUGACAUAUUCUUGAAAGAAUCCAUAAAUUAUUAGUAUCAUCACUGUCAGGUACUCAGUAGUUCUGUUGUCACAGAUACUCUUGUACUCACAUGUAUAAUCUUUCUAAUUUUUUUCUUUUUUUUUCUUUCCUUUUUUUUUUGGGCAAAUUCCAUUGUGGCUCUUGCUUGGUUCCAGUUACGAUAAUCAGAUUUGACAAAGAAAUCCACAAGUACUUAAUGUUAAUAUCCUGCACAAGCACCUUUCCACUUCUUAGAAAGUAACCAAGCAAGUCAAAAAAAACCCCACCAGUAUCAGUUGACUGCAACCAGUUUCUAACCCCAAAAUCUUACAAAACCAUAAUAUACAUCAAGAAUGUGUAGAAAAUAACUGUGCUAUAGAUCUGCUGGGUGGUUUGUGGUUUUUUUUAAUUAAGAACUCAUAAUAAAUGUAAUUGUAUCAAAAUGUAGAGAUGUGGUUACUUUGGAAAUUGUUUCUAGGGCUCUGGAAGUUGCCAUCUGUCAGCUGCUUGUUAGUUCCUUUGUGCUGUACUGCUUGUGCUGCAGAACUGGGGGAAGUUGUUGUACUAGUUAUCUCCAGUUAAUCCAUUUUGGGACCGAGUCAUCAGUUGUCUUGGACAACUUCCUUGAAAGGUUUGCUGAAUUGACAUGGCAUUUUUUUUUUUUGCAGCAGUAGCAGGCUAACUUUGCACUGGCUUUAAGUUAUGCAGGUGGAAGCUUAGAAGUGGGGCAGUAACAUUUUCAAAUGCAUUGUCUGCCAUUUGAGAGAUCUUUCAUUUAAGCCCUGAAGCUUGUAGUGUGCAGCGUGUCUUCUUACAGAUGGUACCCUUGAAGUUGCUUUUAGGGUAGGAAGAAAAUCUUAGAAAAAAAUGAUCAGGAAGCAAGAGGGGAAAAUUCACUUAAAGCAGAGCCCAUGUUGUUGCAAACCUAUUUACUUUCCGUCUUGAAUUUGAGAAAAUCACAGUCAUUUCAGAGUUUUCGUGGCCCAAGGCACAGGCAUGAAUUUCACCUUCCAAGGGCUGAAAGCAUUUGCCACCUUUCACAGCAUAUUCUGUGACCAUUUCAUUUGAAAACCAAGGAUCUGCUCUUGCAGGUGAAUGUCUAUCCGUUCACCUCAAGCAACAGCCUGACUAGUGUACUCUGGGGCCGUCACAACUAUGCUCUGGUACUUGGCCAUUGUAGCUAACAAAAAUACUGGCAAUGUUUUUCUGAAUAACCCUAGUUUUUAAUUUGUAUGGUUACAAUGAGGAAGUCAGCAAAUUGCAGAAAAUAGCGGAGCAGCCUCUGAGUUGAAGUCAUCUUAAAAAUCACUUGGAUUAUCUGAGAGAGAAAUUGUGCUUGAUGUGAACCUCAAGCCUGUAAACCACUUAAAUUAUUUCAUCUCAAAGUGGCAAAGGCUUUUGCAAGCCGAGCAUACCAGUGAAGAUAACCAACCUUCUUUACCUUGAUGAAUGGGAAGGACCCUACAUACAAGUCAGCUGAUGUGCAGGUAGUUGGGCUUGCUGAAAGUAACAGUUGCACAAACCUUGCCUUUGGUGAUAUUUAGUAUUGACUUUCUUGAAUGUCUUCUGUUUAUGGGCACAUUUUGGAGUCUUGCACAAGUUUCAAGCAUAGUAUCCAUGUGGUGUGGGAAUGUAUAUAACAUUGCUUUCACUAAAGGAUUAAGGGAGUCAUGGGACUAAUUUCUACCUUUGUCCAAACCCAUCCACUUGCUAGGGUUUCUUGAAUAGAAGUGAAAGUAGAUUUUAGUUCCUUUAGUGUACAUUGAUUAAACUGGCAUGAAGACUAUAAUUGCUUCAGAUCAUGGUUUGCAUAUGCAGUAGGGUACCCACACUAUUGUCACUCCUUUUUCUUAGGAUGUCACUCCUUAUGUAUUUUAGAAGUGUAUGUUUCCUUUUGUGAACUUGUGGUUGGAAAAAUGUGUUCACUCUUAUUGAUGUCACCUGUAUUUAGAAGCUUGUGUUCACCUAUAUUCUAUUUCACUUGCACUGUUUUGGAAACGUCAGGUUUACAAGAAUACAACUUUUUGGAAUAAAAAGUGGCUGCAA